GAGGAGCUGAGCGGGGCUCGGCGGGCGGAGGCAGCGCGGCGCUUUCGCGGGCAGCCUCCUCGGAGCGCACGAGAGAGACCAUGCCGAAGAAGAAGCCCAUGCCCAUCCAGCUCCACCCCGCGCCCGACGGCUCCGCCAUCAACGGGACCAGCGCGGCCGAGACAAAUUUGGAAGCCCUGCAAAAAAAGUUGGAAGAGUUAGAACUUGAUGAGCAGCAGCGAAAACGCCUCGAGGCCUUCCUUACCCAGAAACAAAAAGUUGGGGAGCUGAAGGACGAUGAUUUUGAGAAAAUAAGCGAGCUGGGUGCAGGAAAUGGCGGGGUGGUCUUCAAAGUCUCGCACAAACCUUCUGGCCUCAUUAUGGCAAGGAAGUUAAUUCACCUGGAAAUCAAGCCGGCAAUCCGGAACCAGAUCAUCCGUGAGCUACAAGUCUUGCACGAAUGUAAUUCUCCCUAUAUUGUGGGUUUUUAUGGAGCAUUUUACAGUGACGGCGAGAUCAGCAUCUGCAUGGAGCACAUGGACGGCGGCUCCUUGGAUCAAGUCCUGAAAAAGGCUGGCAGAAUCCCCGAACAGAUUCUGGGCAAAGUUAGCAUUGCCGUCAUAAAAGGUCUAACAUACUUGAGAGAGAAGCAUAAGAUCAUGCACAGAGAUGUUAAGCCAUCCAACAUUUUGGUAAACUCUAGAGGGGAGAUCAAGCUUUGUGAUUUUGGUGUCAGUGGACAACUGAUAGAUUCAAUGGCUAACUCCUUUGUGGGCACAAGGUCCUACAUGUCCCCAGAAAGACUACAAGGGACUCACUAUUCGGUCCAGUCAGACAUCUGGAGCAUGGGGCUCUCCCUGGUCGAGAUGGCCAUCGGCAGGUAUCCAAUCCCCCCACCUGAUUCGAAGGAGCUGGAACUCAUGUUCGGCUGCCCCAUAGGGGGCGACUCUCCCGUCUCUGAGGCAUCCCCAAGGCAAAGAACACCCAGCCGGCCGAUGAGCGCUUAUGGCUCAGACAGCAGACCACCAAUGGCUAUAUUUGAACUCCUAGACUAUAUUGUCAACGAGCCUCCUCCAAAGCUUCCCAGUGGAGUCUUCAGUCCAGAAUUCCAGGACUUCGUGAACAAGUGUUUGGUCAAGAAUCCAGCAGAGAGGGCAGAUCUGAAGCAGCUGGUGGUCCACACAUUCAUAAAGAGAUCAGAAGCCGAGGAAGUGGAUUUUGCAGGCUGGCUGUGUGCCACCAUAGGCCUUAACCAGCCUAGCACCCCGACCCACGUGGGAGGAGUCUGAAUUUGGAGUCUCCAGGGCAAGCAACACACCAAGAGCUCCUGCGGCCGAUUCCUCCUGCUCCUGCUCUUCCCGCACCACCUUCAUUCCAAGUGGAGUCUGACCAGGACUUCCCCCUGCAAGACCCACUGAAAGCAAACUGGAAUGGCGCCUGGUGGAUUUGUGUUCAAAGCUACUUCCUGUUCCAACUGUUUAAAGCUGUCUUGGUCCCGUUUCUCAGAGCUUCUGUCUACUUAAAAAAAAA